AUGGCUACACUUUUAUUGCUAUUACUUGUACCCUGUGUGGCAGGAAUGGGAGGUGACUUGGAUAUUCCGUCAAAUGUUGCUAACAGGUCGAUGGCUAUCAAAGGAACGUUACUGUGUGGUGACAAAGGAAUAAAAGGUGCAACUGUGCGAUUGUUCCGUGUUUACCAGAAAGACGCUGCUGAUGAUCUAGCCCAACUUCUGGAUCAAACACAUACAGAAGCGACUGGAAUGUUCCAGCUUGAGGGAAACACAGCAAGAUUCCCAUCAACACAAACGGAAAUUCAGCCUUUCGUGACUAUUCAUCAUAACUGCGAUAUGGAUGAGAAGCAAACGGCGAACCUCGGAUAUAAACGAUGGGCUAUUCGACUGCCUGAAGACUACGUUACAGUAGGAACAAGAGCAAGAAAGGUUUACGACUUUGGACGAGUAAAUCUGCAGCUCGAGUAUCCAGGAGAAGUGCAUGACAAGAAAUUCUCGAUCAAUGACUGA